AGUUUCAUUCCAAACAAUCCGAAAUCUCUCUAAUCAGUCAGACCUUCGAUCCCAAGUUUUCAUCCCAGCUUCUUAAGAUGCAGAUCUUUGUGAAGACCUUGACUGGAAAGACGAUCACCCUCGAGGUUGAGAGCAGCGACACCAUCGACAAUGUCAAGGCGAAGAUCCAGGACAAGGAAGGUAUUCCCCCAGAUCAGCAGAGACUGAUCUUUGCCGGCAAACAGCUCGAGGACGGGAGGACUUUGGCCGACUACAACAUCCAAAAGGAGUCGACCCUUCACCUGGUUCUCCGUCUCAGGGGAGGUAUGCAGAUCUUUGUGAAAACCUUGACUGGAAAGACGAUCACUCUCGAGGUUGAGAGCAGUGACACCAUUGACAAUGUCAAAGCGAAGAUCCAGGACAAGGAAGGUAUUCCCCCAGAUCAGCAGAGGCUGAUUUUUGCCGGCAAACAGCUUGAGGAUGGAAGGACCUUGGCCGACUACAACAUCCAAAAAGAGUCGACCCUUCACCUGGUUCUCCGUCUCAGGGGAGGUAUGCAGAUCUUCGUGAAGACCUUGACUGGCAAGACAAUUACUUUGGAGGUGGAGAGCAGCGACACCAUUGACAAUGUCAAGGCAAAGAUCCAGGACAAGGAAGGGAUUCCCCCAGAUCAGCAGAGGUUGAUCUUUGCUGGAAAGCAGCUUGAGGAUGGGAGGACGUUGGCUGAUUACAACAUCCAAAAGGAGUCGACCCUUCACCUGGUUCUCCGUCUGAGGGGAGGCAUGCAGAUCUUUGUGAAGACCCUGACCGGCAAAACCAUAACCCUCGAGGUGGAGAGCAGCGACACCAUUGAUAACGUCAAGGCUAAGAUCCAGGACAAGGAAGGUAUUCCCCCUGAUCAGCAGAGGCUGAUCUUCGCUGGAAAACAGCUCGAGGAUGGGAGGACUUUAGCUGAUUACAACAUUCAGAAGGAGUCCACUCUCCAUCUGGUCCUCCGUCUGAGGGGAGGUAUGCAGAUCUUUGUGAAGACUUUGACUGGGAAGACUAUCACCCUGGAGGUGGAGAGCAGCGAUACCAUUGAUAAUGUGAAGGCCAAGAUCCAGGACAAGGAAGGCAUCCCACCGGACCAGCAGAGGCUGAUCUUUGCAGGGAAGCAGUUGGAAGAUGGAAGGACCCUGGCGGACUACAAUAUCCAGAAGGAGUCUACCCUCCACCUUGUCCUGCGUCUCCGCGGUGGCUUCUAAGGGUGUUUGCUCUAUCUGGUGUCUUGAUGGUUGAGAUUUCUAGACUGUUUUAAGUAUUCUGGUUUCGAUGGAUUGUUUGGAUCCAAGGAUUAUGUUCUGUUCCUGUUUUCCAGUACAAUGUUUGGCUAUGGUGAUGGCCUUCGAACUAUGAUGUCUGCUGGUUUUGCUUUUCUUUGAAUAAUGACGAUUCCCUCUUCGAUCUCUCUGUUACUUUUGUUGGCC